UACCUGGGAGGUCUGAGACUGCUGCAGGCCACAUGCAAAAAAUUUUACCAGUACUGUUCGGAGAAAGGGAUUGCUCUUUCCAAACAGAAUUUUACCCUCAAGUACAACGUGAACAUUCCGCGGCAAGUGGGAUUGGCUGGGAGCAGCGCCAUUGUGUCAGCGACGCUGAAAUGUCUGAUGAAGUUCUACAAUUUGACAGAUGAUGAUCUUCCAAAGUCUGUGCAACCAAAUUUUAUCCUGGACGUGGAGAAGGAGGAGCUUUUCAUCACAGCGGGAUUGCAGGACCGAGUUGUUCAGGUUUAUGAAGGUCUGAUCUACAUGGACUUCAGCAGAUCCAUCAUGGAGGAGCAGGGCUUCGGAAAUUACGUCCAUAUGGACACUGGCUGUGCUCCUCCAUUUUGGCUAGCGUAUCUUCGUGAUCCAAGUGAUUCUGGUGUGAUCCACAACAAUGUCCGACAACGAUGGCUGAACGGUGAUCCUGAAGUUAUCGAAGCCAUGAAGAUGUUUGCAGAGCUGACAGAUAAAGCAAGGGCAGCGAUAGAGCAGAAGAAUUGGAUUGAAAUGGCCAAGCUGAUGGACCGGAACCUGGAACUGCGG